AUGUCAACUAUUGCACGGCUGUUGCUAUGGCCGGAUCGUCUCUUCUCUCAGCCUACUGUCGAUGAUGCUCCUCAUGUCGAAGACCUUCCACCAUCGUCCAAUGCACCUUCCUCGACUUUGGACCCCAUCCCUGAAGUUGACGACAUUCUCUCUGCGCUCCGCUCUGAUGGUGUUCUGGAUAUUGAUCCCUUAUACCCAGGCAACCCUAAUUCUCUGCGCAAAGCUAUGGCGUCUCCCUAUGCUGAUCAAUGGUGUGCUGCCCUUCAGGAGGAGUUCUGA